AUGAAGAUUCUCUGUCUCCACGGCUAUGGAACGAAUGCAGAUGUCCUGCGAUAUCAAAUGCGCCGCUUGAGAGAGUCUUGCGACCCGAGCUGGGAAUUUCACUACUUGUCUGGAGAAGAGCCAUGUUCCCCUGCUCCAGGAACCACAGACAACUUCCCGGCGCCCUUCCUGUGCUAUACAAGCCGAUUCGACCCCGAGGGCCAAGCAGCAGCACAUGCCCUCAUUGACGAGGCUAUCGCCGAACAUGGCCCGUUUGAUGGCGCCUUCUGCUUCAGCCAGGGGGCGUCGGUGAUGGUAUCCUUCCUCUUGGAAAGCGUCAGGGCAGACCCCGACCUGCGGCCCCCUUUGAAAUUUCUCAUUCUUUGCUCGCCAACCAUCCCCCUAGCGGAGAGCCCCGACUACUGCCACACCGUGCUGGGCUCGUUGUCCGAUGCCGACCAGGCUCAUCUCCGCUCCGGCCAGGAUGAGCAGAUCAAGCUGCUGCCGGAGCCCGCGCAGCUCCUCACCACCUCCUUGAUUUCCGUUGUGGAUGCGGUCAAACCGAUCACAGGCCAGCCACGCAGCUUCUUUCUUGAUCGGCCUUUGAAUGAGAUUCCAUGCGCCUUGCAUCCUGACCUCUGUCCUGCUCGCCUUUCCCUGCCAGUGCUCUAUACACGAGGCAAAGACGAUCUCAACGGCAUGCCGGAAUGGGUGUCUCUUGUACAAGGCUUCAUCACAUCUUCCAAGCAGCGCGUCUAUGAGCACAGUGGCGGACAUAAUGUGCCCCAGAAACAAGUCGAGGUCCACCAGAUGAUAAGCGCCAUGGAAUGGGUGAUGGCUCAGAGCCUGCUGCCUACAUCCUAG